GCCGCCGCCGCCGGAGCCGCCGCCGCAGCCGCGGAGCCGCCAGCAGCGCCGGGCCGGGCCGGGAUGUGACGGGGCGGCCGCUCCGCGCCUCGCUGCGCCCGCUGCCCCGGGCCCGCGGGCCCCGCGCCCCCGGGAGGCUGUCGGGGGGCGGCGGCGGCGGCGGGCCCCCCCCCGCCGCCCCCAUGUCGGAGGGGCCGCCCUACGGCGAGGGGCAGCUGGCGGGGGACGCGGCCGUGGGGCAGCUGCCCUUCCCCGUUCGCCUCCGCGGCCCCGACGGCCUCCUCGCCGGUGGGCAAGGCAAACGGCCCCCCAAACUGGGGCAGAUCGGCCGCAGCAAGAGAGUGGUUAUUGAAGAUGAUAGAAUUGAUGAUGUGCUGCAAAAUCUCUCGGAAAAGGCCCCUCCCGGUGUUUAAAGCCUCCCCGGGGACGCUCGGCUGAAGCCAGGGAGGGGGCCGGGGAGCCGGGGGGGGGGGGGGGGGGCAGGAUCGGUUUACAAUGGCACAGGUUAUUGGCAAAAAAUAAAAGCCCCCCCCCCCCCCCCACCGCAGCGACCGCGCCGAGCAAGCACUUGGAGAGCCGUCCUCGCCAGCCCGCAAUCCCCCACCGCACAGCAGCACGGCCGGCCCGCCGGGAGACGCGCAGAGGGGAGGGCGGCGAGCGAGACGCAGCCCGACGACAAAUAAAAAUAAUAGGAAUCGUAAUAAAUUAAAAAAAAAAAAAAAAAAA